AUGGCUACCCUUUCUUACUUGUUUCUUUUUGCCAUCUUCAUCAUCCAUUCCAGCUCAAUUUGCAUUGUUCAGUGUACUGGAAACAUUAACACUGAUGCAUCUGUUCUUUUGUCUCUCAAAGCCCAACUCACUUUACAUGAUCCAAACAAUAUCUUGGCCGCCAACUGGUCUACUGCAACUUCUAUCUGCCAUUGGAUUGGAGUUCACUGUGACUCGCAACACCAUAGGGUGGUGGCAUUGGAUAUUUCAAAUAUGGGUUUGUUAGGUCAAUUUCCUACUUCCUUGGGAAAUCUCUCCUUUUUGUCUUUCCUGAAUAUGAGCAAUAAUAAUUUCAUCGGAGAGAUUCCUCAACAAUUCGGAAAUCUUCGAAAUUUAAAGGUGAUAGAUACACAUCGUAAUCACAUUACAGGUGCAAUUCCAAACUCAAUGUUCAACAUCUCUGCACUUGAGCAUAUCAAUCUUUCAAAUAAUAGUUUUUCAGGUACUCUUCCCCCAAACAUAUGCCAUCAACUCCCAAAUCUCAAAAUUCUUUACUUAUAUAUGAAUGGCUUUAAUGGUGCACUUCCGGCAAAUUUAUCUGCAUGUUCAAAACUUAGAGCAUUGAGUUUGUCAUACAAUAUGUUUGAUGGGUGGAUACCUAAAGAGCUUGGCAAGUUGGAGAUGCUUGAGAAACUAUUUAUUGGUUUCAACAAUUUAACAGGAACAAUUCCAAAUGAAUUGGGUAAUCUCCAUAAUUUGAAGACAUUUGCCAUACAAAGAAACCAGAUUACAGGCUCUAUACCAACAUCUAUUUCUAACAUGUCAUCACUCCAAAUCUUGUCAUUGUCAACCAACAAGCUCAUGGGAUCCAUACCUAUAGAGAUUGGAAAUUUAUCAUCUCUUCAAAGGUUAUUGCUUGCUGAAAACAACUUCACAGGUGUGAUACCUAGAGAAAUUAGCUACCUUUCUAAAUUCGAAUUCGUUGUUUUUGAAGUUAAUAAUCUAAGUGGUACUAUACCUGAAGGGCUCUUCAACGUUACUAAAUUGCGUGAAAUUGGUCUGGCAAAUAAUAAUCUUUUUGGUAGUAUUCCUUCAACAAUGUGCUCUGCACAAAACAAUCUUGAAAAACUUAGUCUAGCCCUAAAUGUAUUAAGUGGAGUCAUUCCUUAUUCAAUUGCAAAUUGCUCCCAACUCUCUCUUAUAGCUCUCAAUGAUAACCAUUUCAGUGGCUCCAUUCCAAACUCUCUUGAAAACCUUAGCGUUCUCCAAGUUCUUGAAAUUGCUGACAAUAAACUAGCAUCUGAUCCUUCCAAUUCCUCUCCAGAAUUGAGCUUCAUAACUUCUCUAACAAAAUGUAGAAAGUUGAAAACACUAGAUGUGGGUGGCAAUAUUCUACGUGCCACACUUCCUAGAUCCAUUGGUAAUCUGUCUUCCACUCUACAAAUCUUUGCCGUAGAAAGUUCAAAGUUGUAUGGCACCAUCCCAGACGAAAUUGGCAAUCUAACUGACCUAGAAAUUGUAGAUAUGUCUGCUAAUAGCUUGAGUGGAAGGGUUCCAAACACAUUACAAAGGCUUGCACGUUUGUAUCUUGCUGAAAACAAAUUAAGUGGUCCACUGACUGGGAAUCUUUGUAAGGUGCAAAAUCUGGGAGCAAUUUAUUUGAGCAAAAAUGAUCUUUCAGGUCCCAUCCCGGAAUGCUUAGGGAACGUAACUUCUCUACGAUAUAUCCACCUUGAUUCAAAUAGAAUGAAUGGUAUAAUACCUUCGAACCUUUGGAACCUAAAAAACCUCUUGACACUCAACCUAUCUUCUAAUUCCUUUAGUGGAGCACUGCCUUCUGAAAUUGAAAAUCUAGACGUUUUAUAUAUUCUAGAUUUGUCAAACAAUCACUUAUCCGGCAUCAUUCCCAGCACAAUAGGGAGCUUACAAAAUUUGAUAAACCUUUCUUUGGCACAAAACCAAAUGCAUGGACAAAUUCCACUGUCAAUAGAUGGGAUGCUAAGCUUGGAAUCACUAGACUUGUCACAUAACAAUCUCAGUGGUUCGAUCCCUGUGUCCUUGCAGGCAGUUAGAUAUCUGCACCAUUUGAAUGUCUCUUUCAAUAGCUUAAGUGGUGUAAUUCCAUCAAAUGGUCCUUUCAAAAACUUCACAAGCUUAUCCUUUCUAUCCAAUGAAGCAUUGUGCGGAGAUGCCAGGUUUGGAGUUCCACCUUGCCAUAAAAGUGUAGUUCAAAGCUCUAAAGCAAAAAGGAUUCUUCGAUAUAUUUUGAUGGCCUUUGGAAUUACAAGCCUUAUCCUAGCUUUGGUGGUGGGAGUUGUGUUGAUUACUUUUUGGAGAAAAAAGAAGCAAACAAAGAAUGAAGAAUUGUUACGUGUUAAAGAGGUGGAGAGAGUAUCAUACUAUACACUUUUACAUGCAACAGAUGGAUAUAAUGAGAGGAAUGUGAUUGGUGCUGGGAGUUUUGGCACUGUGUAUAGGGGUAUUCUUGAAGAUGGAACAAUUUUGGCCAUAAAGGUGUUUAAUGUGCUACUGGAAGGUGCAUUCAAAAGCUUUAUUGUCGAAUGCAAGAUAAUGUUUGACAUUCGCCACCGAAAUCUUGUUAAACUGUUAGGCUAUUGCUCCAACCCAAAUUUUAAAGCUCUGGUUCUUGAGUACAUGCCAAAGGGGAACCUUGAUGACUGGUUGUAUACCCAAGACCGUUUCUUGGACAUCACUCAAAGAUUGAACGUAAUGAUUGAUGUUGCAUAUGCACUUGAAUAUCUUCACUAUGGUUAUCCAAAAUCUGUGGUCCACUGUGAUCUAAAACCAAGUAACAUUCUCCUAGACGAGGACAUGGUUGCUCAUGUUGGUGAUUUUGGAAUCGCAAAGUUGUUGGGUAGUGAUGAUAGCAUUAUUGCAUACACAAAGACCCUUGCUACAUUGGGUUACAUUGCACCAGAGUAUGGAUCGGAAGGCAUAGUGUCAACAAAAUGUGACGUCUACAGUUAUGGCAUCUUAUUGAUGGAAACAUUCACAAGGACAAAGCCUAGCAAUGAGAUUUUUUCUGAAAAUCUAAGCCUAAAGAUUUGGGUUAAAGACUCAAUGCCCAACAGAGUAAUUGAUAUAAUUGAUGCAAAUUUAUUUGCCCCAGAUGAAGAACCCUCGAGUGAAAAAAUCAAGUGUUUAUCAUGUAUCAUGGAAUUGGCCUUGAGGUGCUGUUUAGAAUCUCCAGCAGAAAGAAUCUGCAUGAAGGAAGUGGUUUCAGCUUUACAAAAGAUUAAACGUCAACUUUCGUGCUAUUCUCUCAGAGUGUUGGAUCCAUUUUUGAUUCUGUUCCUCUGA